AUGUCAGAGGCUUUCAUCCAGCGAAUAAAGGAUCUGGAGGCAGAGCUGGAGAAGCUCAGGUCCCAGCAGAAAGAGAGGAGCGAAGCUGGAGAAGACGGGGAGCUGGUGUCCAACCCGUCUCCGGAUGAGAACUGCAGAGCUGAUGGCAGCGGUAAAAAGGGCAAGAAAGCAAGCAAAGAGCGUCCUUUCGACUUCUCGGCCCACCCUCGGCGCCACGUGGCCCUGCGGCUGGCCUACCUGGGGUGGUCCUACCAGGGGUUCGCAGUUCAGGAGAACACAGACAACACUGUGGAAGCCAGACUCUUCGAGGCGUUGCUAAAGACGCGGCUGAUUCGGGACAGACAGAGCUCCAACUACCACCGGUGUGGUCGCACUGAUAAAGGAGUCAGUGCGUUCUCCCAAGUCAUAACCAUCGAUUUGCGCUCCACACAGUUUUGUGGCGGACUGGGCGUCACACUCCCUGAAAACGUUGAUGUUAGUAGCAAGAAUAAAGCUUCUGGCUCUGAGCUUCCGUAUGUGAAGAUGCUGAACAGAGUCCUGCCCCAGGACAUUCGGAUCUUGGACUGGGCACCAGCGGCAGAGGGCUUUAGCGCACGCUUCGACUGUCAGUCCCGCACGUACCGCUACUACUUCCCUCGAGGAUCCUUGGACGUGGCAUUGAUGGCAGAAGCUGCGAAAAGGUACGAGGGCACGCAUGACUUUCGCAAUCUGUGCAAAAUGGAUGUGGGCAACGGGGUCCUGCAGUUUGAGAGGACCAUCUUGUCAGCGUCGGUCAAGCCUGUGCAGCCUCAGCACGUCUCCAGCACAGACCAAUAUGAGCUCUUCAUGUUUGAGAUCAAAGGGCUAGCCUUCCUUUACCACCAGGUACGAUGCAUGAUGGCGCUGCUUCUCCUAAUUGGGCAGAAACUGGAAGCCCCAGAGAUAAUUAAUCAGCUAAUGGAUGUGCAGAGUAACCCCAGGAAACCUCAAUACAGCAUGGCAGUAGACUACCCUCUGGUACUGUACGACUGUCACUUUGAAGGUUUGAGCUGGCAACAGGAAAAUGAAGAGGUGAACCACGUCCUGUCUGCGCUACAGCAACACUGGACCCAGAGUGCAGUCAAGACCCAUGUCCUCCAUGGGAUGAUCCAGGGUUUGGAAGCCAUAGGGGGAGUAUCGUCCAACCACUGCUGGCUAGUAGAAGGCAGCAGGCAGAGAAACUACCGGCCCCUGCUGGAGCGUCCAUGCUGCGAGAGCUUGGAGUCCAGGAUAAACCACUUCGUCAAAAGAGGCAGGCUGGAGCGGGAGGAAGGGGACAACGGAGGGGAAACUGUGCACAAAGGAAAGAGGUCCAAACAUUUCCACAGUUCCCCCAGUCUGCCCGGUUCUACAGAGAUACCGCCUUCAAAACAAAGCACAGAUCAGAAGGCAGAAGGUUAAUAUUUUCUCCCGGAGGAAUGGACUUGCCAAAGUUUAUUUUGUAGUCAUGUUUGCUCUUGUAAAACAUUGUAUUUACAUUUUUAUUUCAGGAAACAAAACAAUGGAUGCAUCUCUUUUAUUUCAUAAAAACAGUGUAUUUACAUUUUUACUCAUGCAAAUUUUUGUUUUUGCUUUGAAUUAAAUACACGUUGGAAACA